AUGGCACCCGACUCAGAACUCGACUCUGACCGUGGGUCAGAUGACACCUUCCCCUUCGACCAUGAGGUGCUCGAAGAUGACAACUACGUCCACGCACAACGGGAGGAAACUCUAGAGGAGGGUUUAGAGAAGGCACGUGGAGUCAUAAAGAAGAAGAGAAGAUUCAUCACUGAGGACGACGUUGAAGAGUUCUUGGAUGAAUUCCACGAAGUUGCUGGCAGGUCAUCGUCCAAAGCUGUGGGCAACCGGCUCCACGUCUUGGUCGAGGUAGUCAAGCAUAACGACGUCGAGCCGAAUGGCGUAGAACUUCUCGUUCGGCAAUUGGUCAAGAGAUUCCCAGAUCUGCUCAGGUACACGGACAAUCAUGGGCAGAAUCCCAUUUUCAUGGCCAUCAAAAACCUCCAGGAUGAACUCAUCAACUACAUGAUCUCUGCUUGUGUCGAGGACAAAGGAGACGAAACGGCUGCGAUAUGUCUCCGGGACGCACUGAGCAUGAAACAAGGUGGCAAAACAUGUCUCCAUGCCGCUCUCCGUGAGAAAGUCAAAGCGAGAACAAUCAGUAUGCUGUUUGAAAACGCCCCGGAUGAGGCCUUGGAGGUUCAAGAUGAACACCAAAAGACUCCGAUGCAUCAUGCCGUGGCGUUUUCGAAAUGCACAGAUACCAGGACAGAGCUUAUCCAAUUUCUUAUUCAGAGAGAUUUGAGCGCGAGAUCAACCAAGGGGAGAUCGGAGAAGACUUUUCUUGACCUGCUCGAUCAUAAAGGCUCCUCAGUGUUUCGAGAACAUCAGAAGACGAGGAUAAACACCACUUCGCGGUGGGAGAAAGAAAACCAACUCGCCGAAGGCAACAAACGAGAUCAAGUCGAUCUUUCGAAAACGGGUGACAGACCUACUACUAAGGAUCCCGGAUCUAUGGGGAGCACAGGAGACUUGAAUUCCGCUGCAUCAACCGAGGUUGCAGCAGACCCCAUUGCAGUGAGAAAUGGCUGUGGUGGCGAUGGACUCAACGGGCCAGGCGAACGUCAAAGGAUGCACCCGCAGAAGAAGAAUAAGCAGAGCGCGAAGCUGGAGGAAGAGAAGAAAGACGAGGAGCGCGGGAGGCCGUCGGGAUGUGACAAGCAUCUCAACGGGGGAUCCAUCGUUUGCCCAGACUUAAGCCGGAAUACGCCCUUUCGAAUCCCUUCACCUGGUUCAAAUAUUUCAGACCGAACAAGCCACGACAUCUCGUACACGUAUACGCCAUAUCGGAUCCCUUCACCCGAUUCAAACACUGCAGUCCGAACAAGCAAUAAAACCCGGUAUAUGCCAUCUCGGUUCCCUUCACCAGAUUCAACCACUGCAAGGUUCGGGGCAGACGCCAACUCCAAACUCCAAUUCGACCCCGUGCUGCAGUACGUGACGUUUCCACGUGUUGAAGUUCGAUCAAAGGGUCGCCUGGUGGACCGCAAGCAGAGGGCCGACUUCGAGUUUGGGAAACAACAACAUGGAGCCAACGGCCGUAAGGAUAUGAUGUACUUUCUCGAUUGGUUGUACGACAAGGGUGUACGUCACAUCAUCAGGUUGUCUGUUGACGACUCCGGGGAGUCUGGUCAAAAGGUCCAUAGCGACCAAGCUAUACAAGAGUCUCUCGAGCGAUUUGUCGUCGAGCAUCUCGAUUGGCGGAAGACAGACUUGGAUCCGGGGACAAUCCUUCACAUCAGCAGCAAGGUCUGUACGAGUGAGUCUGUCAGCUCUGAGGACCCAAAGCAGACCGAGUCAGGCCCGGAUCGGCAGUUGACGAAACUCUCAUUGAUGUGGAGUGGAAGCAAUGCUAUGUACGAGAGCCCGCAGUGGAUCAGGCAGAAGAUUAGGGAUUUCGAGACCAGACUAAACGACAGCCGAAAGACUAUCCAGGCCGAAGCACUAGCAGCCUCGAGAAACAAAAGUGUCUCUGACAAUAAUGCAGCAUUUGGCCAUGUUGAGGUCACCGCUAUCGACUCAGGCACGUAUGAGGAGCGCACGGUGACAUCUGGCGACGUGCCUCACCUAUCUACUUCGAGUUCUAGCCAGGGCGUCAACGCGCAUCAGUGGUUGAAGUCGACCGCUAAAUUUGCUGGCUUAAUGAAUGACUUCUGGAAGAGCACUGUCGAGGAGUUUCUUCAAUCGGAACAAAAGCAGGACACACCGGAGCGGGUGCAGGAUGAUGUGGUUGUGGCAUUGAUCGACGACGGUGUCGACAUGUUCGAUACGGCUUUAUCAAAUCAAAUCCUCGAGGGCAAGAGUUUUGACUUUCACGAUGAAAAGGUCCGUCCGCCGUUCUCGUCGGCAAAGGGCCAUGGUACAGUCAUGGCAAGUAUGAUCCUACGCGUUUGCCCUAUGGCCAAGGUCUACCCGAUACGACUGAAGACGUACGACAAUGCGAACGGGAAGAAUAACAUCGAUGCAAAUUACGCAGCACAGGCUAUCCAAGCGGCUCUCGACAAGAAGGCUACAAUAAUUUCCAUGUCGUGGACACUCCCAAUUGCAAGGGGCAAGAACGAGUCAAAAGAUAAAUUGCAUACCGUCCUACAAACGGCCGUCAAAAACAACGUCCCAAUGUUUUGCUCCGCACCUGACGAAGGCAAGUUCACUGAGCUUGACUAUCCCAGCGGCCCAUGGCGGGAUCGCUUUUUCCGUAUCGGCGCCGCGCGUGCUGACGGCACCGUCUUUGGAUGGACUCCUGAAGACGGAAUCACGUACGUCUUUCCCGGCGUCGACGUGAUACUUGACCAGGUAAAGGGCGUCUCUUCAAGGACAGGCUUGGGUAAAAAUGUCACGGAUCGCGUGAAUGACUUCAAGUACGAGACCGGCUCGAGUGUCGCUACGGCGCUGGCGGCUGGCCUUGCUGCCAUGAUCAUAUAUUGCAUCAAGACGAGUAUCCUUGCCGUCAAGACGGCAAACCAGAAAGCUGUCCUCAACCCGAUUCCGGAUAAUCGCGCAGUGCUGGUUGCGAAACCUGAUGCUAUGAAGCGGGCUUUUGCGAGCUUGGGAAAGCUUACGCCGAACCGCUUCAUCCAAGUUUGGGAGGACUUGGACAAGGUCAGCGAGAUUUUGGAGACUAGGCAGCUGCAAGGUUCAGAUCCAGAAGUGAACCUCAAAUGCACUCAGAGGUUUAUGGAGUUUGGACUCAAGCUUGCGAGUUCAGUUAAGCAGUGA